GCAAUCCUGAGCUUUCGGAGGCCCCGCCUACGUUCCCGGGCCAAGCGGGGCACAGGCAGGCGCAACUGCGCUGUUAGCCAGGCGGAAACCACGCCCCUCCUCCGAGUCUUAAAGGGACGGUGUCAGCUCAGGAUGGAAGCCACAGCGCUGAGGGUUCCUUCUCCUGCCAGCACCCUUACUCUGUCCACUGGAGAAGCAAAGUUUGUGAAUUGGGAGCCCCCUUAAGUGUUGUGGGAGCCAGGCUUGCGACGUAGGGGGACAGAGGAGGCUCGUGGGAGUUCCGUCAGUGUCCCCCAUGGAGCCCAACAUGCCCUCAGAGGACCUCCUCACCCAGCAGUCCCCUGAACGUGGGGACCCCGAGGUCCCAGGGGAUGAAGCCGAGGAUGGCUCUGACACGGUGGUCCUCAGUCUCUUUCCCUGCACCCCAGAGCCGGGGAAUCCAGAAGCCGAUGCCAGUGCCUCCUCCCUGCAGGGCAGCUCCCUGAAGCAUUCCACGACCCUCACCAACCGGCAGCGAGGCAAUGAGGUCUCAGCCCUGCCUGCCACCCUGGACUCACUGUCCAUCCACCAGCUUGCGGCGCAGGGGGAGCUGAGCCAGCUGAAGGAGCACCUGAGGAAAGGGGACAAUCUCAUCAACAAGCCAGACGAGCGAGGCUUCACCCCCCUCAUCUGGGCCUCCGCCUUCGGGGAGAUUGAGACAGUCCGGUUCUUGCUGGAGUGGGGUGCUGACCCCCACAUCCUGGCCAAGGAACGUGAAAGCGCCCUGUCCCUGGCUAGCAUGGGUGGCUACACAGACAUCGUGGCGCUGCUCCUCAACUAUGACGUGGACAUCAACAUCUUUGACUGGAAUGGAGGAACGCCACUGCUGUAUGCUGUGCGUGGGAACCACGUCAAGUGUGUGGAGGCCUUGCUGGCCCGCGGCGCCGAUCUGACUACCGAGGCUGACUCUGGCUACACCCCCAUGGAUCUGGCCGUAGCCCUGGGAUACCGGAAAGCAACGUGGGACCUGACGACCCUGAGUGAAGGCCGCCUCCAGAACUCAGAAACUCAGGGAACAGAGGGUCCACCCAGAGCUGAGCAGGGGGACCCAGAAGUGGCUUCAAAGGCAGCUCCUGGACAGGCGGUGGCACAGGGUCCUCCCAAGUGGAACCAAUAAACCUUCUGUGCAGAACU